AACAAUUAUUUACAGACGACAUGCACGACCAGCAGCAACAAGAGAAGUGGCAGCAGGUGGCCGCGCUGAUCCAGCGGCUGGGGCUGGUGUCCGGCGGACAGGACGGACCACGAACAGCCGCCCAGGUCGCGAGGAUGUCGACCCGCCAGCUGCUGCAGGACCCGGUGAGGGCGGCCAUAUACAACCGGGGCUGGGCGGACCGCACAGCCGACAUCCAACGACGGUUACAACCACAGCGACCAACGACGGCACCCAGCAGCCGCACCCCGUCGUGGACGAGGCCACCAACACCGGGAACCACCCCUACCCCCGCGACACCUACCUCCGUAACACCUGCGGAGCCGACAACGGUGACCAGGACAACGGGGGUACUCCCCGUACCGAAGGUGAAGGCAAGAACGGAGGCGCAGCGGGCGCGGAACAAAAGGAAGUUCCAGCAGCUCAAGGAGAAGAGGAUGGCUAGGGAAAGCAAGGCAAACCAACAACAUCGGCUUGCCAAGCAACCUACACCAACCUCGGACCCGGAAGCGGCCAGCUCGCUCCCAUUCGAACCAACACCGACGGAAACGAUGGAGGUGGACACUCCGGCGACCAAGGACGAAAAAUCCAAGGAGCCGGAGCAGUCUACCAGCCAGGCGCCACCCAACCAGUCAGAGCCCACGGUCGAAAAAACCGAGGAGGAUUGGUUGGGGGCGUUCGAGGGGCUACCGGAGUUGGAGUACAACAACACGUACCACACUCCGGUAGGGUCCCCAACACACAAAUAAAACGACCACGGGCGUGGGCAAGUCUACCUUAAGCGUAAGCCAGAGGUAGUACAAGCCACCCCGUCCCAUAACUACGCGCCGACACUGGUACAAGUGUACCCCGUGUGGCGGUUUGGCGGGGGAGUAUGACGCGGUACGCAGCGGCCACCAGUACAAAGUACAGGUACCGCAGCGACCGGUCUACGCUUUUGUCAACCACCACAACGGGCUACAGCGCGUUAACGCCAACUCCCCCACCGCGCCUAAAAGGCACAAGGUGGGACGGGAAGGCAAGGCGCGCAAUACGAGUACCGGCCGCCGGCGGAGCCUCUCUCUUACGUCAACCGUCGAAACGACUCCAUCACGGCUACGUACCACCGCACCGGAGACAUACCGCUCGUCAUCCGAAAGCCACGCCGGCGACCGUUUCACCGUUAUAUGUGACAUCCGUUGACUUGACUACCAGAUUACUUAAUCUAACAUUGAUUUCCAAACUUUGAAUAUUGAUUUAAUAAACCGGCCACAGGCCAUAUCACACCAAAAUACGUGUACCUUAAUUUCAAGUGCGAGUGUCGUUUGUGUCACCCUACUUCCACUCCACAUCCGA